AUGGAAAGACUUUUCAAAUUAGAAUAUAGGGAAGUACUUUUAAAUGACCGCCAGAGACUGCGUCUGAUGGAGGAACUCGUGUACAGUAGGGACACUGACGGUAUACGCGAUCUGCUGAAGGAUAAGCACGUGAAGCCAGAGUUCUUCAAUAAUUCUUAUCAUGUUGUCGCAAGUGCAGCCGAACGCGGCUACUUGGACGUCGUAAAAACCCUGCGCUCUGUUGGGUUCAGUGUUGAUAAUAAAAACUAUUUCGAUCGUCACAAAUCACCAAUACGCAUGGCGUGUAGAGCUGGUCACGUGGACAUAGUCAAGUUCCUCGUGGAAGACUGUGGUGUAAGUAUGGAGAGCGACGACUAUACUUCACCGCCAGUAGAGGACGCUGUGGUCCGAGGUAGACUUGAAAUUGUGAAAUAUUUUGUUGAAAGUGGAAUUUCCAUUGAGGAUGUUAUUAGAAGAGCCACGUCAUUAUUACAUAAAACGGUUCGUUAUGAACACGCUUCUAUUUGCCAUUAUCUUCUAUCUAAGGGUGCCAGUGCCAACCACCGCGACAGAUACACUGAAGACCAAACACCACUGUUUGACGCUGUGUGUUCAAAAAAGGACGUCUUUGCGCGAAAUCUGAUAAAUGCUGGAGCCGAUGUGAAUUAUAGAAACCGAUUAGGCCAAACGCCCAUGUUCCAAGUGUUGACGUAUGGACCAUACGAACUUUAUGGAUGUCCGCCCCUGUCUGAGACCGUGCAGCAGCUUGACAUGGUGAAACUGUUAGCUUCGUUCGGUGCUGAUCCAGACAUUCAAGACGUGCGUCAAAGAUACCCUCUUGCCACUGCAAUUCACAAGGAUUUCUACAACAUCGCCCGGUAUCUGUUGGUUGAACUGAACGCCCAACUCUUGAUAAAGAAGAUAAAAGGUAUGCCAAUUCUCAUACCACAUGCAGAAGGCAAAACUAUUUUUUACGAAGCUCUGGAGAAAGGACGAUAUGACAUGGUGGAUUUAAUGGUGGGUGUGGGGUACAGCCCUGUCAGGGAAGUCCAUGCGUUCAAGGACAACGGGCGGAAGUCCGAGUGUUUCAGACGGCCGAAGUUAGAAGAGUUGAGGUACAUUGUAUGCAACCCUCGGCGUCUGGAGACGCUGUGCACCUUCACCAUCCGCCAGACGCUGGGGAGGAGAGUCGCGGGGGCUGUCACUUGUCUACCUCUGCCGGAGAGGAUGAAGAACAUACUUAUGCUUAGACACAUUAAAGAAAGGAACAAUGAUGUUUGUCACCAAGACACACUUGUGCGGCAUGACACAGAUCUGUGA